AUGUCUAGCAAUAGCCUAAUGUGGGCAAUUUACUACUACUGCCCGAGGAUUCUCAUACCGCCUCGACUUCGAAGGAGACGCACCCUCCUGAGACUUUUCGAGGCAAUUUUGUUGGCGCUCAAUGAACAUCGCAACUUCGUCGAGUUCGAAGGUGUUCGGUACAAUGUCUACCGACCCGAACAAGAAGCUGAGAUCAAUGAAGAAGAUGAGGCCGAUGAAGUGGAUGAGACCGAUGACGAAGGCGAGGAUCGGAGAGGACAGCUAGCUAGCAACACGACCUCCAGGAAACGGUCAAUGGUUCUCAACCGGCUACAUUUACUACAUUCAAAGCCUGCAUCGCCCCCACCGAUACCUCCUUGA